GCAUUUGAAAUCGAUGCAACCUUGCAAUAUUCAAAGAAAUUGAUCCAUCUUCUAAUUACUGUAAUGCACUUUGAAAUCCCAAAGCAUUUUGGAUAGGUUGGAUAGUGCAUAUGUCCACAUAUAAACGUGGGAGGCUGGAGAGGCAUUUGUCCGUGCUUGCUUCCUUGAAAAAUAAAUUCCCAAGCACACUCGCAAGUCCCACCCAAAGGCAAACUGCAACACUUUGUUCGCCGUCCGUCGCUCAGCCACAACGGAGCGCUUUCCGAGCCAGCGAGCUGAUGCACGGGCAUCGGGGCAUGGUCUGCACCCGCAAUCUCCCCUCCUCGCCCUUCGCCGCCGGCUUCCCCUCCUACCGGCGACUCACCGCAACCUCUCGCGGUCGGGGCGCUCCCGAUGCACGGCCCGCGUCCUCCGCCGGGAGUAGUUCAUUCGCCGCCUCGUCUCUGCCGCGUCUCAGAACGCAGGGCAGCAAGAGAACAGGGGCAUGGCACCCAAAAGUGAUUGGAAAUGAGAGAGAGGUCAUUGUUAGCGGCAGUAGGACUUCUUCGAAGCGAUUCACGUGGAGCAAAGAGAGGACCAAGUUCCUCACCAAUUACUUGAUGGAACAGGCUUCAGAUGCUAAGGGAAAAGAUGCAUUGUUCAGGGAGGAUACUCUGGUAGAAGCUGCAGAGGCUGUUUCUCGGCAGUUUCAGCGGGAGUGCGUCGUCGCCGAUGUGCAAAGGAGAUUGACAACUCUGAGGGAGAAAUGGCGAAGGAUAGAGAAGAUGAAAGCCCUUAGUUCUGCGUCAUGGGAACGUGCUACUAGGACGAUAAGCAUGCGACAAGAUGAUAACCAGCAGUAUGCCAUGGUUCAUCCGAAGGAUUCAGGGUUGCUGAAUAGGCCUAUUGAAGAUUAUGAUGAGCUUUCUUUCAUCUUCAGUGAUGAAUAUGAUCCAUCAGCAGAUGAAAUUCAAUUGAAAAAGGACCAAAACGCCCAUUCUGUUGAUAGUAAGAUAUUUGACGAUCCCAUGGAGCAGAAGACAGCUAGUGAGGACAUCGGCUACUUAGUUCUGAAGAUUGGGGAGUUAAUAGAUGCUCUAAAAAGCUUAAAGCCCAGAGACUUCGCCGACGACUUGUGGAAAGCAGUUACAGCUUGCGGUUACAACGAGAGGAUGUCAAUCACCGCAUUCGAGUAUUUUCUGAAGAACGAGGUUGAAGGGAAGAUUUUCCUUGUGCGUAGCCCAGACCUUCGCAAGGAUUGGCUAGUUAAGUUCUUCUCUAGCCUUCUGUGACCAUUCUUGAUCUGUUCUAUCCAGCAGUUUAGCCACUUUACUCAUUUUAUUAGGAACCGCACUUCAAUUUUUCAAAUGACGAGUAUCAUUGUGGAAGCUCUGAUGAAUGUAUGGACAGAAAAUAGCCUCAGCACACAAGUACAAUGGUAAAAUGAAAUUCAGAUGACGAA